AUGCCUGCAAUGAUUAACCAAUAUGUUGCCAGAAAAGUUGCCCUUAAGGACAUGCAACCGUGUGCGAUCUGCAGUAAGCCGUCAACAACCGUUCUUUAUAACGCAUCUGGCCCAGAUUGGCUGUACACGUGCGAUAUACAUUUACAAGAUAACCCUCAAUUUGCCAGCCCCAUAUAUAGCACAGAGUAUAACGAGGCCUUAGGCAAAUUGAAGCUAGUCAAGAGUAAAAUUGAGAGGUUGGCAUCUGCCAAAAACCAAAUAGGGUCCUGGGAUGGUUGGGUUACUAAAAUCUUCUCCAAGAAGGAAAAACAGAAGGCGAAUAGUUCUGAAAAUCGAGAGUCUACCACAACCGAGACUGCUGAUGCCCCUCCAGAGGUCGAGGGUGAUCCAGAUACCCUAUUGGAAACACAGGCAGAGUACGGCAAAAUACUCGACGAAGUUGCAGAAUUGCGAAGGACAAACCGGAAAUACGAGCUAGCGAAAAUAAUGUUUGAAAGCAGAGUCCUGAAGAAGAGAACAGAUCAACUAAAUCGAGAACGAUAUCUUAAGGAACAAGAGAACUACUCUAAUACAGAUCCUGAAGAACUGCUUCGAAAACAUGCAUUUCCCUCUGUUCCAAGACAAGAUAAGCAAUAG